UGACUUUGUUGAAAGUGAUUGUCGACUUACACGUUUCCAGAAAAUGCGUUUCACUCACGUAGCGAUUUUCCUGUUCUUCGUGUUUUCAAUGUGUGUCCUGAUUGCUGCAGAGGAUGAAUCAAUUAUCAGAUCGACUAUUGAUAAAAUAACGGACGAUUGGGGCAGCGGACGCACUUCCAGCGAUGGAUGCAUCUGGAAGGGCACGUCUCCAUUUUGCGAUGGCGGCUGUAAUGUGGUGGGACACGUCGUUCGAGAAACGAGCUCAUCGGGUGAUGGUGAACGAUGUUUGACCGGCAUCAAAGUGCUUUGCUGCCCGUCCAAGGCUUAAACGUGGAAAUCAACAGCAAAUUCCUAAUGACCACCUCUACUAGAAAAUAGCCUGUAUAGAAAUAAAAAUGAAUAAAUAUACCAGUCGGACAAUAACAUUAUUCACCUGUUUCUGCAUGACAUUUGUUCCAACA